AGAGUAUGAGCUGCAUCGUGCAGUAGUAAUAGCGUCCUGCAAGGAGAAAAAAUUCAAAGUACAAACCUUGCGACUCGUCUGUGCCCUAGCAUUGAACUCGUUCUCAAUUGGGCACGGAUUGUCAUCCCUCGACUCGCGGCAACAUGUGCUUGCGGUAUCGGCGCUGCUUUUCUGGUCUGACCUUUUUUUGGAUUCCUGAUGGUCGGUGCCUCACACCUGAUCCUCGGACCUUUCUUGGAAAUCCCUCUCGGAUGGUGGAUGCAACAAGUCCAGCUCCACUCCUCCCUCCACCCUCCACCUUGUCUGCUCAACCCAGGACAUCUUAUCUGAUCAGAUAUUGUCCAUUCUUUGUCCAUCCUCUCGACACAUUCUGCUUGCCAUAAUUCUGAUCUUUCUUUUAUCAGACUUCAGAGGUGGUUUCUUUAACAUCCUUCGCAACAUUCGGCCAGCCAGAUUAGUUUAUCGCAAGACAGCACACGCAAAAUGGUUCAGGUCUUUGCUGUCCCCGUCUUCUUCAUCGUUUUCCGAGAAACUCUUGAGACGAGUAUCAUUGUCUCAGUCCUCCUCUCCUUCCUCAAGCAACAACUCGGCCCUGACCAGGAUCAAACAGUGUACAACAAGCUGCGCAAACAGAUAUGGUGGGGAACUGGGAUAGGCUUCGCCAUAUGUUUGAUCAUCGGUGCCGGGCUGAUCGGGGCCUUUUACAGCAUUGGUAAAGACAAUUGGGGCCCAGCAGAAUACAUCUGGGAAGGAGUCUUUUCCAUCAUUGCGUCUGUAAUCAUCGCCCUCGUCGGUGCCGCUCUCCUUCGCAUCUCUAAGCUCCAAGCCAAAUGGCGAGUCAAGCUGGCAAAGGCUCUCGAAGCCAAAGACAACCGUAACGCCCGACUUGGCACCCGCUUCAAGGCUUGGGCAGAAAAGUACGCCAUGUUCUUGCUUCCCUUCAUUACCAUUCUGCGAGAAGGUCUCGAGGCCAUCGUUUUUGUCGCUGGUGUUGGCCUGGCUUUGCCUGCCACCUCCAUUCCCCUGGCUACCGUCUGUGGCCUCGCCGCUGGAAUCCUCGUUGGCUUUAUCAUCUACAAGUGUGGCAACAUGGCUCCUCUGCAGGUCUUUCUGAUCAUCAGUACUUGUUUCUUGUACUUGGUUGCCGCUGGUCUCUUCUCCAAGGCCGUCUGGUACUUUGAAGCCAACGCCUGGAACAAGGCCACAGGCGGUGACGCUGCAGAGAAUGGUUCUGGACCAGGAUCCUAUGACAUUCGACGCAGUGUCUGGCACGUCAAUUGCUGCAACCCCGAGCUGAACGGUGGCGGCGGCUGGGGCAUCUUCAACGCCCUCUUCGGCUGGCAGAACAGUGCCACCUACGGCAGCGUCAUCUCGUACAACGUCUUUUGGAUCUUCGUCAUCGCCGGUUUCGUUCUUCUCCGCUUUAAGGAGACUAAGGGUCGCUGGCCAUUCACCAAGCCCAAGCCUGUCGAUGCUCCUUCAACCAAGAGGAAUACCAGCGGCGAUGAGACGAGCGAGACCAGUGUUGGUCCAUCAGAGAAAGUCGCACAUGGCGCCAAGUCGACCGAAGUCCAGAGCCAUGUAUGAAGCCGCGAGGACAAAGUGAAUCAAAACCAUUGAUCAACUCAAUCAACUCAUUUCCGUAUGGGAGAUGCAACCAGUCCUGGGCCACCAUUGCUUUCUGUGGCUGUUGUACUGCGAUGUUGCGUCACCACCCGGACAUGUUAUAAGACAGCGUGGACUGCUCAUGUCCAGCACAGAAUAACAAACUAUACAUGCAUCCAAUGCGAUAAUGCGAAAAUCAUAUGCCAUUGAUGUCUCACACACCCCACGUGCUUUGUAAACUAUGCUUGAUGCGAAAUGCUGAAAGUGUGAUUGGCUGGGUCUGGGCCGUACCUGACAAGGACUACUGGACACUCACGAAUGAGUAUGUCAACCCAAUGUCAUCAGGAGGACCAUCAUGAGGUACUUGAGCUCCCAGUCUAUCUCAUUGCUUGCGCAUCUCGCAAUCUCUAUCAUGCUUGGAAUGUACAUGAAACGUCAAUGAGAAUACAAGACACAGAUGUCAUGAUCCAUCGAGCUCCUGUUCUAUUUCCGCAUCUGCAAUGCCAUGUGGACAUGAGCAAUCACCUACUGCUUCCUGUCCAUCAUCACCUUGCCUGAGACCAUUGCUCCCAGUCCAUGCCAAACGCUGUUGAUGCUUGUCUUGCCUUCACCCCAAGUAUUUCCUAGCUCUUGCACCUUGGAUGAAACUUACAGUGUACUGCACCCCACCCUCCCAACCAGUGCAGUCACCAAUAUGUGUCUGAGGUCAUCAAUCUGGCGUCAUCGACCUGGGGUCGAGACUUGGCAAGUUUUCAUCCCAAGGCCGAGACAAGUGGACGGUGACGAUGGUUGUUGGAAAGACUGUUGCGCAAGCUGUGUGGGCUGAACUUUUUGAAAGGUCGUAGUGCUGGUUGUUAGUACAUGAAUAUGGGGGACGGGGAAUGUCACUGCAGGGGGUGGUGGAGACAAAACAGAUCGCAUGCUUUUCCAGGGUCGGGGGGUUGUGUGUUGCCAAACUUCUACGGUGCAAAUACCUGCUCAGUUAGUAGCGUGGAGAUCCUUGGUUCCGGCGGCUUGCUAUUCGACAUUGUUGGCCUGGGUAGUGUUGCUCGUGACUUCGAAUUGGAAAAUUGAAAUCCCCGACAUAUCCUGGCUGUAUCAUGCCUCUAAGAAGGCCGUCGCCGCUUCGGUUCAGGUGUACUGAGAUCGAGAAAAUCGAACUCAUCGUCCUCUUCAGCCUUCCUCUUGACGAGCUUAUUCUUUGAUGGAGUGACGGGUGGACUGGCCGUGGUGUUGGUUGCUGCGUGUAGGCCGUCGGUUGUGGUUGGAUUGACGUCUGGCUCUGUGUUAUGACGUGUAAAAUCUGCCUCUGCGGGCGUGACUUCGGUGCCAUCAGGGACAACGGUUGCAGACACCUCUUGCGCAGCUUCGUGGGGAUCCAGAGUCGAUGAUACGUUCGCGACAAGGGUCUCAUCCUCGCCUUCAGCAAACAAUUCCUCGUCGUCAUAUAUGCCGUCCUCUGUCACGGAGCCGACAGUAGCGUCGUUUUGAUCUUGGCCAUCGUCGACAUCAGGGUCAAAUACAUCUUCGGCUUCAGCGUCAAAUUCGGGCUCGCCGGUGUCAUGGUACUCUGACUCAUCGGCAUGGGUGCCUUGGUGUUCAUCAGACUCGGUGAAUUGAACGUGUUCGUCGCUCGAAGCACCUUGGACGUCCAACUCAGCAGCCGUCUCAUCAAGUGGACCAUCCUGCGGCUGGUCAUUCUCGCCAUUCACUUCGACAGCAUCGCUCUGGGCGCCGACUUCUUGAACUUUGUCUGCAACUUGGCCGAUUUGUGAAUCUUCAGCGGUGGAUUGACUAGGUUCUGGGUCAUGUGCAUACUGCUGGAGGCCAUCAUCCUUAUGGACAGCCGUUUCUUCUUCUGCAGCAACAGUGUGCUCACCAUCAGAACCAUCCUGAACAGGAGUAGUCGCACCUGGUUGAUGUGCACUGACUUCGUCAUCGAAGGGGCUAUCUACAUGGUCGGCGGCAAUUUCAGCAAAAGACUUGCCUUCAGCACCAGAAGCAACCAGGUACUCGUACUGUGAGGCCAGGCUGACACGGCUGCUGAGUUGGCAAUAGAGAGGAUGGAUUGGCUCUAAUGCCUGGUUGUGGCACAAGCUGAGAUACACCUCAAGGACCUGGUUAAGCGUGAUCUCGGCAGCGUACCUGGAAUCUUCACAAAUAUGAAGCCCCAGUCCGGGUAUAUCGAGAACAAGCUCGUCAUGAUGGUCCAAGGUUCCGACUAGAACCUCGCGACAGGCGGCUAGUAGUUUGUCCAAAGGCUCAAAUGCGAGCGACGUGUCGGAGAGAAAAUACAGCGAGGAGCCAUCGCUGAUGGUGGGAGGGAAUAGGGACAUUUCAUCGUCCAAAUAGACGACAGUCACUGGAUGCAGAUCUUGCGGGGAGUCACCAGGAUCUUGAGCAAGGGUAACAGUUUCCUCGCCGUUGAGUUCAGAAUCGGGGUCCUCCGGGAGGGAUGUUGGAUCAGGAACGGACGCAUCCAGGUCAUCCACAGACUUUUGGACAUCUGCUGGUAGUUUCGUGUCCAGGGUCUCCUGAGCCGGUUGAUUGGUUCCAGUUGGCAAGGAUGUUGCAACCGUAGCUGAGGAAUCUUCAAGUGCAGUGGUCAAGGGGCCGACGGUUGCUGUUGCUUCUUCUACUUGGUUAGUAUUAGGUGACAGGUAAUCUUGCUCAGUAACAUCGAUGAGGUCCUCGAGAUCUUCCUGUUGGGGGUGUUCUACGUCG